CCGAGGCGCCCGGCGCCGGCGCCGGCAUGGAGCGCUCCCAGAGCCGCCUCAGCCUGUCCGCCUCCUUCGAGGCGCUCGCCAUCUACUUCCCGUGCAUGAACUCCUUCGACGAUGAGGACGCGGGGGACAGCCGGAGGCUGAAGGGGAUCCAGAGGAGCACGGAGACGGGCCUGGCGGUGGAGAUGCCCAGCCGGACGCUGCGCCAGGCCAGCCACGAGUCCAUCGAGGACAGCAUGAACAGCUACGGCUCGGAGGGCAACCUCAACUACGGGGGCGUCUGCUUGGCGUCGGACGCGCAGUUCAGUGACUUCCUGGGCAGCAUGGGGCCAGCGCAGUUCGUGGGCCGCCAGACCCUGGCCACCACGCCGAUGGGGGACGUGGAGAUCGGCCUGCAGGAACGCAAUGGCCAGCUUGAAGUGGACAUCAUCCAGGCUCGGGGACUGACGGCCAAGCCAGGCUCCAAGACACUGCCAGCCGCCUACAUCAAGGCCUACCUGCUGGAGAAUGGCGUCUGCAUUGCCAAGAAGAAGACCAAAGUCGCUCGCAAGUCACUGGACCCGUUGUAUAACCAGGUGCUGCUGUUUCCUGAGAGUCCCCAGGGCAAGGUCCUGCAGGUGAUCGUGUGGGGGAACUACGGGCGGAUGGAGCGGAAGCAGUUCAUGGGUGUGGCCCGCGUGCUGCUGGAGGAGCUGGACUUGACCACCCUUGCCGUGGGCUGGUACAAGCUCUUCCCCACCUCCUCCAUGGUGGACCCGGCCACGGGCCCCCUGCUCCGGCAGGCUUCCCAGUUGUCCCUUGAGAGCACCGUGGGACCCUGCGGCGAGCGAUCCUAGUGCCAGGGAUAGGGAGGGGCUCCCCGAGAUGGCCUGGAGACCACCCAGCCCCGACCUGGGAUCCCAGGCCCAGGGGCACCUCGGACAGAGGACGACGGGGUUCUCCCCCACCGUGGGGAAGAGGAACGGGGAGACCCGCCCCCCUUGGGACCCUCCUCACCCCUUCUUUGCUUCCUAUCCCCUGAGACCUGUCCUCUCCCAGCGGGAUUGGCUGCACUUUUGACUUGGCCGGUUGGUGACCUGGUGGCCGUGGCUGCAGGCCGAGAAGGGAAGGGCUGAGGUGGCAGAGCAGACCACUCUCCCGCCCCAGGCGCUGUCCGACUGCUCCCCCUUGUGCGUCCUCGGAAGCUCGCUGCCCGGAGCCAAGUCCAGAACCCAGCGGCCGUCUCCAUGGUGCCAAUAACCAGCAAGUGUCUUUCCUGCGGCACCGGGUUCAGGCAGCUACACCCGCCCCGACGCUGACCGGGCGGCUUUGCAAGAAUCCGGAGCCAGCUCUGGGGGGCCCUACAGCCCCCAGCCCCCACCGUUUGAAGAGGAGCUCUGGCCUCCUUCCGCCUGCCAGUGGAAGGAGUUUUGCCGCAGCCUGUCUGUGUCCAUCUGUCUGUCCCCUCCUGCCUGCCCCUCUUCCGGUGGUAUUGGAAUCCAGCAGGGACCAAAGGAAAGGGGGAGGUGCCCAGGGCCCGGCACAGACCCCCAGGGUGCCUUGCUCUGUGGGACCGAAAGAAGCUGCUGUGGGAACUGUGGGACUGGAAGAGCUCUGUCUCUGGGUUUUGGUGGAUGAGCUGCAGAACCCCGGUUUUCCAGAACCCCAAGCCCUGAGAAGCUCACCGUCUCUGCAUUUGGGGGUGCUGGAUUGGAGAGGGAAUCUGGGGAAAGCGGGGGUUGGGACUGGUGGUGCCAAGGUGAGUGUUUCCCAAAUAGGAGACUCCCUUCUUGUUGGCUGAGGUCAAAGGUCAUUUUGUCUAUUCCUCUGCCCCCUGCCUAGGGGCCUGGGGAGGCAACACAACUCCCCUAUUUUAGUCUUUUUAAACCAACCACGUGUACUAAGAGCAGAACCCACUGCCCCGGCCUCAGUUACCUUGGCUCAAGGAGAGAAGGAGAGGAGAGGUAGGAGUCGAAGAACUGUGGGAUUCCUUCUCAAGCAGGCCUGGGUAGCUGCCUUCCCGGCCCAGCCCUCCCCCGGGCCUCCGGAAGCCCUUUUGCAUGCUGGGGAGGACUCGGGCUGGCCCCUCUUUAUAGAAGCACAUUUCUGCCACCUCCCCCGGGAGGCCCCCAGCAGCCCGCCACCCCUCAUUGCCCAGUCCCUGCUGUGUAGGGCGUAGUCCAGGUUAGCUGGGUAGAGUUAGUGUUCCAGGCCCUGGGGCCCGUUCUUAGCUUGCACAUAGUUCUCGCAGAGCCCCAGGACCGGGCGGAGAGGAGACACGAGUACAUUCCAGGAGAUGGCCAUCUCCUCGCUGGCCUGGGCCUGGGCCUUGGGAGGCCAGCCCCUCCGUCUCCCCUGCCUCCCCCUCCCCCUGUAGGGUUGUAGCUGGAGCUGCCCCCUAUACUCAGAUGUUCUGAUUUAUUAUCCUUGGUACCAGUUUCAUUUAUGAGGCAACCCUGAGGAUGUGGGCCUUGGUGGCGGGGCCCGGAUGCUAUCAGAGGGGGGGCGUUUUCUACUGCGGACAUCCGGCUGUGUCCGGUCCCACCUUGUCCCUGGUUCCACUAUAGGCUACUGCCCAGGUGACUCCUUCACCUGGAGUCCCUCAUCCCCACCCCCACCUCCAUACCCCCCGCAGCCCGCUUGAGCCCUGGGCAUCCUUCCAAGUCUGGUCAAGUUCAAUGGCCUCCAGGGAUCUUGUCACACUGCACUGGGAAGGGGUGACGGGGAGGCCUUUCCAUCCAGGAGGCCUUCAAGGUGCCCGGGUGAUUAGGUGGAACCCCAGGACUCGGGCAGGAGGCAGCCGGGCUCUGGAGGGACUCGCAUCUGAGGCCCAGAAUCAACCCCUCACUGUUUUGGUUUGUUUUUUUAAACCAGUGUGAUUUCUCUGCUGUUCGUUUAUUACUCGCCAUUUGGAAUAUUUUGAGCCAGGAGAGCACCUCCUCUCUCUGCAGCCAUCACCGCUCUGGUUGUACAGGGGUCGUUGUCAAGGACGGGGCAAAGCCUGGCUGUCCCAGCCGAGGGGAGAAGGGGCUCGGUGCACCCCAGCCUGAGCCCACCCUCUGGUGUCUGCACAGCCUUUAUAAAGAGAGAGAGAGAGAGAGCUCCAAAGCAAUAACAACAUCCUGGGGGUGGUCCCCGAGGGCCCCCCCACUGACUUUCCUGUGUGUUCUGUGAAAUCUCAGCUCACCUCCUGGAGGGGUGGCGUGAGUGAGGGCUGGAGCCCUUUUGCUUUGUAUCAUCCUUGUUAGCGCGUGCCCCCUGCCGAGGGGCUCUGCCCGUUUGGCGUGGGAACCACCAUCCGUCCUCACCCAGGGAUAGGGGUUUGGGGAGGGGGUGAGGGUUCUCAUUAUUAGCUUCGGGAACCUUCAGACCCAGCCCGUCCCCACCGCUGUCGGAUCCUUUGUAGCUUCGACUCCAGCAUUUGGAGAGGAUCGGAGAGGGUGGCGUUGGGGGAGUCGGGUGGGGAGGGGCUAGGGAUGAUUUUAUUUUUCAGUCUCUGGUCCGAAGGUCACAUGCAGAGGUAACCUGGAGGGAGUUGUCUCCACUUUCCUUCUCCAGAAUCCACUUUUCAUACUGAAGGGAAAGAGGCUUUGGGACCAUUGGUAAAGCCAUUUCCAUUUUACUGACGAGGAGACUGCGGCCAGUGCAGGAAUCACUGCACCGGGGGUCACCUGUACAUUCACUGGCACCUCCAGCCUGGGCCGCCGCCUCCUCCUGCUCCUCGGAGGCUGAGCUGGAGCGGGGGCAGGAUGAGGUGGGGCCACCAUUUCCCCCCACCCCUCCUACCCUCUCUCACGGGAGCCUCCCUGUGGCCUUGAAAAGGCGGGCAGGGCAAAUUGUAGCCCGUCUGAGAGGUGAGGAAACUGAGGCCCAGAAACAGGAAGUGACCUGCCCAAGACCCCUCGGCACGUGUGCCGGGGGGGGACAGAACAGGGCUCCAUUGUGCCCCCUCCCUCCAGGGGACAGGAGACCAUUGGUCCAGGGCGUGCCUGCUGGGAUUACUAUCUGUGGCCUUUAAGCCCCGGGCCUCCCAGCCCUGUGUGGUCCCAUCUCCACGGGCCAGCGAUUUUUCUGGGCCCGGGUUUGGGGAAGAGGGUUUGCCAUAGACACCUAGCUCCCCUGUGGGGGCCGGCCCAGCUGACUGAGGGCUUGGUCCAGGCCUCAGUGAGUGGGUGGGGGCCCCCACCGAGGGGCCGCAACCCUCCAGGACCAACUGGAGGGAGGUUGGAAGCACCAGUCCCUGCCUGGCGCUGCGUAGGUGUGAGGCUGCUCUGGCAUGCCACACCUGAAGGAAAUCCUUGCAAAACCUUCGGCUGCAGUGAUACCUGGUCCUCCUGUAGUACUUCUCAAACUUUUUUGUUUUCAAAGUGCUUUUACCUCCAGGGCACUCUCACAGGAGCCCCUGGGCAGUAGGUGGGGGGCCUCUUCUCAGCCCCAUUUCAGAGGGGGCAGCUGAGGCCCUGGGAGGGGAAGGCGCCUGCCGGUCCUGGUCCCGCUGUGAGCGAGCGGCCAGGCUCAGGCCGGAACUCAGUUCCGAGCUCUUCCCCCUCCACAGGUCGGUAAGGAGGUUCAGGGGUGCGUGGUUGUGCACUUUACAAGCUGCUUCGCCACCAUCCAGUUCCUUAAACCAGGAACUCCCGGGCGCACUCGGUGUUCGGAACGGCGCUGAGCCCCCGCCCCUCGGAGCACAGCUGUUGCGUCAGGCAAGGCCACCUGCGUUUAUUUAUUGAGCAGCAGCGCCGUGCCAGGCCCGGGGGACCGAGCCACCCCAGUCCCCCUGCAAGGACUCCCACAGCCUUCCGGGAGGGCCCCAUGUCUGUGCGGCAGGCAGCGCCUCGGUGACAGUAAGCUUUCAUGUCCACGAGUUCAUCUGACUCACCCUGCGGGGAGGCUGGUUGUGCCCAUUUACUCAUAGCUUCUGUGAGAGCAAAGUGGAGACGCGAAGCCAGGGCCUUGGACAUCCCGUCUGUGGUGUCCUCUCCUAGACCGCCUCCUGAGAAGGCGGCGGGAAGGCAGGGCCCCGGGUCCUUGGGCUGAGGCCUCUCCAUCCACCCACCUUUCCUUCACCCCCAGGAGCAGGAGCCCCUCGGGCCUUCGGGGAGGGAGGGUGUCCCCGGCCCCUGGGUCGGAGUGGGUCACGUUGCAUUGUGUUCACAACCAUG